UUUGCUGCUUAUUUGCUUAGGUUAAUUUUGGUUUUCUUCCCCACCUAACUCUGCUCUUCUGUUUCUCAUUACUGUUUCUGGGUCUGCAUCUCCUCAAAGAUCAACCUAUCACUGCGCUUGUUUCUCUCCAUUACCAUCUUCUUCCACUGUUCUGGUUCGGCCAGACAUGGGAGAUCUUCCGGCCUGAGUUGUAGUUACCAAAAUAUGGAGUUGCUGCUGCAGUUUGCUCUCUUCUUUUGUGUAAUCAUCAGUGCUUUGUCAGAUGAUGGAUCUAGAGUUGUAGCAGAACCAUGGAGUUUCUCAUGGAAAUCAUCUUCUGUCCAACCCAUCCGCCCUGGACAACCACCACAAGUUCUACCAGACUCUGCCUUCUCUCCAAUUCGACCCCCUCCCAGCUCUGGCUGGACCUGGCAUGGAAAUAUAUUUCCUACUUCUCCAAAGAGGGAAUCAUACUUCCCAUCAUCAGUGGACAAAUUUCCAGCUAAAGCCUUCCACCCACAUCGUGCCACAAGGCCGUCAAGUAUCGCCCUCGCACCUUCUACUACAUCUUCUGUGGCUCCUACAAAGAAACAGCUCCGUGGUCCUGUCUCUUCACCCCCGGUCUUAGUUCAUAAACAGCAUGCUGCAAAGAACAAGUCCAGGAGUUCUGCUUCUGCACCAUCUUAUCUGACUCCACAUAUUUACCGGCACCGAGGUUCAGUUUCCCCUUCUCAACCUCCUUUUCCAAUGUGGGGUGCGCCUGCACCAAUGUCAUCACCAACUGAAUCUAGUCAAUUUAACAUGCCAAUUCUUCCUCCUACAAUUUCUCCUUUGGCUUCUUCUUCCCUAAAGAAGAUGAAGGCGCCACCACCAUUACUAAUUAUGAGUCUGCCACCUCCACCGCCUAAUGAAGAUUGUGCAUCGGUGGCAUGCACAGAGCCACUAACAUAUACACCUCCUGGGUCUCCAUGUGGCUGUGUGUGGCCUAUUCAAGUUAAAAUCCGCCUUGGAGUUGCAAUAUAUGCAUUCUUCCCUUUGGUUUCGGAGCUGGCUAAUGAAAUUGCAUCUAGUGUUGAACUGAACCACAGCCAAGUUCGGAUUAUGGGAGCAAAUGCAGCAGGUCAGCAGCUAGAAGGAAGCACAGUCCUCAUUAACCUUGUACCAAGAGGGGUGAAAUUUGAUGAUGCUACUGCAUUUUUAAUUUACAAGAAAUUUUGGCAUGGGGACGUUUUCAUCAGGUCUUCCCUUUUUGGCGCCUAUGAAGUUGUAUAUGUCCGCUAUCCAGGUCUUCCCCCAUCUCCACCUUCAGUUCCAUCAAGCAUUUCUACUACAGAUGAAGGGCCCAACCAUGGCCAGACCAUUGGUGGGCAAGCAAUAAAACCUUUAGGAGUUGAUGUGUCAAGGAGAAAAAGAGACAGGCUUAGUGGAAGUAUGAUUGCUGUGAUUGUGCUGUCUUCUUUCACUAGCUUUCUUUUAUGUUUGGGGAUUGCUACCCUUCUUUAUUUUAAAUUUCGAGCUUGUUCUGUUCAAGAUGACCAAAUUCCACAGAGUUUAGUAUCCUUCCCUGCAAAACCAUCAGCAGGAGCUGGUAGGUCUCUGACACAUGGAAGCAUGUCCAGCUCGGCGUCAAUGUCUUGCAGUUCUGGUACAUUGGCAUAUACAGGAACAGCUAAGACCUUCACCAUAAAUGAUAUAGAAAGAGCCACCAAUAACUUUGAUGCCUCAAGGAAAAUAGGAGAGGGAGGUUUUGGAAUUGUCUACCGAGCAAUUCUAGAUGAUGGAAGAGAGGUGGCCGUGAAGGUUCUUAAGAGAGAAGAUCAUCAUGGAGGCCGGGAGUUCUUGGCAGAAAUUGAGAUGCUUAGCCGUCUGCAUCACAGAAAUUUAGUUAAACUGAUUGGUAUUUGCACAGAACAUACUCGUUGCCUAGUCUAUGAACUUGUCCCCAAUGGAAGUGUGGACUCUCAUUUACAUGGUGUUGACAAAAAGACUGGUCCACUUGACUGGAGUGCUCGAAUGAAAAUUGCCCUUGGUGCAGCUCGAGGCUUGGCCUAUUUGCAUGAAGACUCGAGCCCCCGAGUUAUCCAUCGGGAUUUUAAAUCCAGCAAUAUCUUGUUAGAAAACGAUUUUACACCUAAAGUUUCAGAUUUUGGAUUGGCUAGAACUGCAUUGGAUGAAGGAAACAAACACAUCUCAACACACGUAAUGGGAACUUUUGGCUAUUUAGCUCCAGAAUAUGCAAUGACUGGCCAUCUUCUAGUGAAAAGUGAUGUAUACAGCUAUGGUGUCGUCCUCCUUGAGCUCUUGACAGGUAGAAAACCUGUGGACUUAUCACAGCCACCAGGCCAAGAAAACCUUGUUGCAUGGGGCCGCCCACUCCUCACAAGUAAAGAGGGUUUAGAACUAAUAAUUGAUCCGGCUAUAAAGUCUAGCAUCUCAUAUGACAGCAUUGCCAAAGUAGCAGCAAUUGCAUCAAUGUGUGUGCAGCCUGAAGUAUCUCAUCGUCCCUUUAUGGGUGAAGUUGUCCAAGCCUUAAAGCUAGUUUGCAAUGAAUUCGAUGAAAUGAAGGAGCUAGUAUCAAUAGACUGUAGCCAAGAGGAAGUUUCCAUCAAUAUAGAUAGCGAUGCUAAUAAACUUUCAGGUGAGCUUGUGGAAGUUUCACAGACUUUUCUCCCUAUAUAUGCCUAUCGUUUUAGUCAUGAUACCGGGACAGCAUUAUCAGCAUCAGAUUUUCUGAGUAUGUCAGUAGAACCUGAGGAGCAUGAAGCAGGAACAUCUAGGAGGCAUUCCCGUUCUGGACCCUUGAGACCAGGUCGAAGAAGGCAGUUUUGGCAGAGACUAAGAAGUUUUUCUAGAGGCAGCAAGAGUGAGCAUGGGUUUUCAUUCAACUUGUGGGAAGGAUCACAUUAAGAUCAACGCAGGGGAGUCUCAAUUUCUUCUCUUCAAGCAAGUCUGGCAUAGAUGUUGAUGAAACCUAAAAUAUAGCUGUGGUUGCUGUGUUAAUAUUAUGUGAAUUGAGGGCAUUGAAAAACUGGGGCAGCCUGGUUUUAGUGGUGCAUUCCUGAGCUCAUUUUGGUUCAAUUCUUGGUAUUCCUCUAUAUUAAAGAAUUAGUUGUUUGUAACAACAAUGUAAUCUUCUCUGUGAAAUGUAAUGUCUUUUCUUGAUAUGAAUUGAAAAUGUGGAAAUCUAUUGUUCUUGAUACU